CCUGUACCAGGUGCCCCUUGUACUCCUGUACCAGGUGCCCCUUGUAACCAUGUACCAGGUGCCCCUUGUACCCCUGCACCAGGUGCCCCUUGUACCCCUGCACCAGGUGCCCCUUGUAACCAUGCACCAGGUGUCAGUGAUCUUCUCACAGUUAAUAUGGUCUUAAUGGCUGUUUCCUUGUCUUCUACAUUUUAUAGUGUCUUAUAAUUGUCUGUGUCAAAGGUAAACGAAUAUUGUAAUCACGUUGUUUCACCAGUGGAGGCGGUGUGCGUGCGCGAGCGAGCGAAGAAAAUACCUUAAAAUCGAAGGAACUGAAUCAGUGUAACUUGACACUUGAGAUGGAUGUUAACACCAUAAAAUAAACGAGACGCUUUUUGUUAGGGAAACAAAAAGGUUGCCCCGAGGUGCUUCCACACACACACACGCGGUUGUUUAUCGGAAGCGUGUGUGUGUGUGUGUGUGUGGGAGGGGAGUAUUACUACAGUGUGUGUGUGUGUGUGUGUGUGUGUGGUUCACUCGUGUGUGCGGCACAUGUGUUGCACAACUGCCGUGUGAUGGAUGUAAAACUCAACUGUGUAUGACAACCACGACCUGUAAGAACUCGACUUAAGGAAGAUGAUAAGAUAACUUUCUAAAUCACUCGUUGAUUAUUAAUCGAGUUACGAGGAAGGUGAAGGAAGCAUUUGCAGCUUGGUCUUUUCUCCACAACGUGAAUGGCAUAACAUGGCAACUGCGGCACUACUGUAGAUAAUACCACACGUGUUGAACUGUGACGUAAAGGCAACAGUAAACACAUCCAUCACUUCCUUCAUCUUGAAUAUCCAAAAUGACUAAAAUCGUGGUUGGCAGUGAGGACCGCGACUCUGGCACCGAGUCUGAUGACGAGCAGCCUUACGACGACCCCGAGCCUGGUAUGUCCCGCCCCUCAACCCUCAACCAUGAUCCUGCACCAAGAACCCCUCUGCAACAUUCCUGGCAGCGAAAUGUCGAGUGAGGUGUCCAGCGGGUGCAGCGUGAGAUCGCGCCCCACGAGCCAGACCAGCACCGACACUCUCACCUGUGAUGACCUCCCAAUGGCUGGCGAUGCACCCGACAUGCCCCCACCAUCUACCAUCCCCUCUGCUGCUCCCUCAUCUACAGGUCCUUAUCACCAUCCACAUCUUCAUCAUCAUCAUCAUCAUCACCACCAUCUCCAUCACAGUCAUCACCCACACCCAACGAGGAGGGCACGAACACCACGUCACCCACACCCAUCUCUACGAACCCCAGACCCACCUAGAGAGUCACCUGCCUUAGGGUCCCCUAUUGAAUCCUUCUUGGAUUCUGCAAUUGUGAGUGACUAUGAUGCAUGUGAUCCUGUUGAACACCAUUCAUCUGAAGAAGAGCUGGAAACACUCACAGGCUCUUGGUCUCGGGAAACAGGGCCCCCAGAGAAGCGGAAGUGGUCGCAAGUAGCCAGGCUCUCUCUAACAGACUCAGGAAGCAGCGACGAGGAAGUAUGCGUUUUGACCACUGGGUCACGCCCACCCGUCCAAUUCAGAACCUCCCCGCCACUUGAGGCUCACAAACCCCUACGCUCUGUCUCUCCACCCACAAAGAUGCUCAGUCUAGCGAGCAGUGGGAGGGAAGGCUUGUUGUCUACAAGUGGAGCAGGGGAGACUAGUGGGUCACCAGGAGGUGCUGGUGGUAGUGAGGGUGGAACUCCCAGGGCGGAGGGUGGAGCCAGGGCGGCAUCCCCUCGCAAGAGACACAGACAGACGCCUCGCCCACACCAGAUGCACCGCCCAUGUCUAGACUUUGAAAAAAUGCAACAGAUGAAAAAUCGAGCAGUUACACAGUGGAGGAAUGGUGGUGAACUUUCCCUCUCUUUCUGCUAGUUUUCCGCUGCUGCAUGACGACCUUUAAGUUCCCACAAGCAAGUUUGGGAAAAGAAAUUUGUUUGUGUUGUUUUGGGAACAAAAGGUUGUAAAGCAAAGACAAUGAUGCAAAGCCUCAUAGAUUGCAGGUUUCGAAAGGGUGUGGUUUGUGGUUUGCGUGGUUUGAUCGUGUAACCGUUCUUUGAUAAGGUAAACCUUAGUGUUAAAGAGAAGUCACCUUUACUAGACUGGCAAGACCUGAGGUGUUUCUAUAUACAGUUAUUUUACAUGGUUUGUGUUAUAUAAUGGGAAAUAUGGAAUUAAAUAUUUCUUAAGAAAAUUUUAUAAUGUAAUUUUUUGAUAUGUCGGAUUGAUUCUUGUAUUUUCAUCUUUAAUACUGAAAGUAUUGUUACACAGCAAAUUGAAAGAGCCAGAGAAUAAAUUAAUUGUAAUGAAUUAGCCACAUCAAUAUACAAAUAAUGUUCUUGUAAAAUCAAAUGUGGAUGAAUUGUGAAUAUUAAUUUCUACCUUUGCAUUAGGGAUUUCAUGUCAUUUGUAGCUUAAUAGAAAUAAUGAAAUGCAAGUAGAGAGAAAGGCUGAAAGAGAGAGAGAAUGAGAGUGAGAGGAUGGAGUAUAUCUGCCCAAUUUUGUACCUGAUUCCUAAUUUAAAUAAAUGUAAAAUACUUACCAAUUAAUAUACGUUAAAGACACGGUGGUGAAGAUCUAAUGCAGAAUAAUAUUGACUUUCUGUAAGUAAAGCGAAAUGUAUAUGUUUAGAAUCGGUGACCAAUCAGAUUUUUUUUCAAGCUUUCUGACUAUUUCAUAACAAAUUGGAAUUUCUUGUCACAAAAACUUUCUAAUAAAUUGGGACAUAUGAAAUUUCUAUCAGUAUUGAUGGCUUCAGUAGACUAUUACUCAGCUGGGAAAAAUUAUAUAUUAUCUCAAUAAACAUGACACUUGACAAUAACUUUAUUAAUAAUGAAGAACAGGGUAACUCACAUAAUCUCCCCGACACUAAAUAUAUACUGUUUGUAUAUAUAUAUAUAUAUAUAUAUAUACUGUAUAUAUAUAUAUAAACCCAUCGGCGUGAUAUGGUAAUCCAUUUUUGUCGCAGUAUAGGCAACUGGUUGAAGAUUACUUUAGACAAAAGUAAGAAUAUAAAAAAGUUUAUAAAACCACAAGCAAAGUUUUUAUAUUUGGACGAGAUAGUUCAUUAAUGUAUAGUACAGGUACAGUACAGGGUAUUGUUACAAAUCAACUGUUUACUGAAUAUUGUAAAAAAAAAAAGGGCAUUCAGUAAAGAAUUUCUUACAUUGGUUACCACAGGAACAACUCUACUCUAUUGUAUUAGUGGGAUAAGGUCUCUGUUUGACUGACUCGCCACAUGUUGGUCAGGUUUGGAUAGGUUAUGAGACAUUUUAUCUGAUUCAUGAUAAUAAAUCUUUCCAAAAUGUAAUUCAUUUUGGGUACACAAUUAUCAAAUGAUAUUAAGACCAUUAGCAGAGUGUUCUUACCACAAAAAAUAGCCAGAAAGCUUGAAAUUACAAAACAAGUCAAAUUUCCCGUAUAAAGAGAAAGUGAUCAGAUGUCAGUGAAACUUCAAGGUAUACUGUAGUCAGAUUUGUUUAAGUGACCAGCAUCAUACACUCUUUACGUUUUACAAUAUACUUUUUUCUUUUAAUACGACAGUGGUGUGAUGGUUACCGAGACUGAGACUGAUUUUAGUUUAAAUUUUGCUUCCCGGGAGGUACUACUUUAUCAGCCAUGUACUGUAAUCACUUAAAUUUACAUGUUACAUAAAUUGCAUGAAUUUUACAAACCUGCAUCAUAUUUCUUCACUUAAUUUAUUUACAGUAUAUGAUGUUUAUGGAAAUUUUAAUUCACAAUAUAAAGUCAACAACAGUGAUCCUAUGUUUAGUUUAAUAUGAUCAUAAGAACGGGUAAGAUAUACUGUAUGCGUAGUACAGUACAGGGAAUAUCUUACAGCUUCUUAAGACUAAAUUGGAUGGUACAGUACUGUAAUUUCUAUGUAGGGGGUAAAGAUAGGGCCAGUAGGUAAUGCUUUUUCAUCAAGGUUUUAAGUUAUAAAUACAGUUCAUCCAGCGUCCUUUUUCCUCUUCUCUUAGUCGUCUGUGGACAUUUUUGCCACCAUUUGUCAAUUUAAACUUUAUGAGACCGAAACAGACCAUUUCAACACUUCAUUACUGUACAGUAUUUACAAGACUGAAACAGACCAUUUCAACACUUCAUUACUGUACAGUAUUUACAAGACUGAAACGGACCACUUCAACACUUCAUUACUAUAUUCUUGCACUUGUCUUUCUGCACUUGUUUAUACAGUAUAUAUAUCUGAUCUUAAAAUAGCUUAGGAUAGCUACUAAAUUUUGAAGAUUAAUCCUUAUGAAAAUUUAUAAACAUACAGCCACUCGCUUUGUUGUUCAUCUUCCUUCAGUUAUGCUUUUAUCUAUUUUAUGCAAGUUACAUCACAAUCACAAAUUGUAAUCGUGGGGGAAUGUUUGAUAAUGUGCCAAAGACGUUUAACCCUUUCACUAUGGGGACGGGGAUGAUUUUAUUCAGCGCAGAGGUGAGCCCAUACACAAGCGGCUAAAACACAGAUUGAUAGUGACAGUGCAUGUACCUGUACUGUAUCAAGGAGUGGUAGUGUAUGUACUAUGUCAAGGAGUGGUAGUGUAUGUACUAUGUCAAGGAGUGGUAGUGUAUGUACUAUGUCAAGGAGUGGUAGCGUAUGUACUAUGUCAAGGAGUGGUAGUGUAUGUACUAUGUCAAGGAGUGGUAAUGCUCAUAAAAUCUUUUUUAACUUUUGACGGAGUUGAUGUCUGGUGUCAGUAAGAGGGAAGUUGACCAGCGAAUGAUAUUCUUUGUUACAAUUUUAAUCUUAUCUUCUAAAAAGCAUUCAUGGUAGAAGUAUUUAAUCUUUAAUUCAAAAUUUUAAUUGUCAUAGUUACUACAGUGCUUCCCAACUCCUUGGUAGGUCAUUCGUUUCUCUGAGACACAUGAUUCGUUUGUUAUUAAAUUGCAAUAGGUGGCAAUGAUGGACCAUCGCCAAGUUUCUUAUUCUGACACUCGACAUUUUGUUCAGCCUGAGAUUGUGAGCCAGCCAGGGUACAGUAGUUCACACGGAGAACAUGAGGUUUAGUUAACUUUAUUAGUUCAUUCUGAGUCAUUAGAUGUACCAACAAUAUUUAUUUACCUUUAUUAAGUAGAAGAGUAUGACCAUAUCUUUAGCACACGUACAGUGACUCAGUGAUGUACCAAUAACAAGAGCAAUUAAUUCAUCAAUAGCGACUUCGGUACAGUACAGUACAUAGACCUUGGCCGUCCUCUGGAUACAAGUGCAAAUAAUUACGUCCUCUGACAAUGAAAGAUGGCACCCACUAUGUUUUAUCUAUAGGAGAAUGUUUUGUGCUGUCAAAUUUAUACAAGUUUGCCAAAAUUGAAAAUGAUUUGUCCCUGGAUUCAAUUUUAGAAUGUAAGACGUGGAAUCCAUAAUAUUAAACGGUGCACUGACAAUAAGUUUUACUCCAAAAUUCUGAGACAGAUGAUUGAUCAGUAACAAUGAAAUGUUACAAUUAUUUUUUAAAGCAUAUAUAAUUUUAGUUUAGUAUAAUAUAACUGAACCCAUGAACCAGUGAUUAAACUGAACCAACAUUACAGAAUAAAUUUGGAAAAAUCUUGCGGUGUCACCCCACUUUUAGAUGCAGUAUAAAAUAUACCAAGCACUCGCACCGGAGUCAUGGUUUCAUAUGGAUAAAAAUUAGAUCACGAGUACUGUAUUUAUGGAAAAUUUAAAUGCUUUUUCAUUCAUUCUAGUUAUGAUCAGUUGCUCCUUAAAUAAGAUGGAGGGUUAAGUGAAUAGAAUUUGUUCAUGGUGCAAUACAGUAUAAUACAUUUAUAACAACAACAUUAUUUUAUGGCAUGAUCUGCAUUUAGUCUCAUACUUCUAUUUAUUUAACCAUCUGUCAUUCCAGACAGAAUUAUUGAACCUACGGAGGCUAAUAUUAAAUCUAUGUACACUACAGUACUGUACAGUAUAUGGAUAAUGAUUAAACUCUCCACUUCAUAUACAUGAGGAAUUUGGGUUUCUGUUUGGCUAUUUGCCAAAAGUUCAGUCAUUAUAAAUCUAGUACAGGUAUGGGGUAAUAGCUUAAAAGUAAAUACCGUAAUGGUAAAAGUUAUUGUUUGGUAUUACUGAUGAAAUAAUAAUAAAAAGACUGACAUCACUACUAAAAUAUUAUUGUGUUAGCAUUUAAAAGUGGGGUUGGGUGUCCAGUUUGUGCACCAUUGUUCACAAGUCAUUGUACAUCUCUACACACAUUCCAGUGUCAGCGGCCCAACACAAACAUGAACCAUUUUCCAAAACACUUUGGGUGUUAGUUCUGUUAUUGUACAACUGAAGCAUCUGUUCUCUACUUGACCUGUGAUGUAGGGAUACACGAGUGAUUACUACGACUACCACUACUCUCAAGUCCCCUAGAAUUAGUACUACCUUGAAGUCUCUAGGUAAUAAUACUUUUAAGUUUUCAAAUACGUACCACCACAGUGAUAUUUUUAAGUAUAUUACUUUGGAUAUUCUUUGUUACUAGUACUGUAUUCUGAAGGCCUCUCAUAAUGAACAUGAAAUUACAUAUCUGAACUUUGAAAUCUCAGUCACGAUUUGAGUAGUUUCAUCAGUUAAGGAUUGGCCCCUUUUACAUGCUAGUUCUUACCCUCCUUUGUAAUACUGUAAAGCACAAAAUUAUAAAGCCUAAAAAAUUUCUCGAGAAAACAAAGCCGGACACUUUCAUACCUUUUCUCUCCCUGGUGGUGUUAACGUUAGAUGAUGAAAUGUUCACUUUCUGUCUCCUCAUUGACUACAGUUCUGCCAAAACUCAAUAUAUUCAGUACAUUGUUACAAGCAUUUACAGCAUCUCUAUCAGUCAUUACUGCAUAACAAGGCAUACAGAGUCCUUCACAUGUAUGAACACAAAAUACAAGCAGCACAUUUCCUUCUUCCAUCAAUUUAAGGAAAAGUUUUUGUUUAAAUUCAAAAUUAUACCGUAUAUAGACUGCAUAUAUGUAUACAGUAUAUUAUAGAAGUUGCCCAAUAUGUAUGGCUAAGUGCAAUAUGUGUGAUAUAUGAAAUACUAAAUUUCUUCUUUCAUUUACCAUUUAAUAAAUGGUUUGUGUAAUUUGAAGCUUUAUAUGGGCAUUCAAUAAGGCUGUCUUUAAGGAUAAUGAAUUUCAUAAAUAAAUUAACCAAAAGAAUUAUGCAACAUACUUAUAAGGCUUAUAUUAUUAUAUGUAUAUUUGAGGUUAUGAUAUGUGUAUGUGUGCCUGGUCUUAUCAUCUCAUAUCCUUGGUACUUUUAAGUGAGUUAAGUUUUGUUUAUCAAAAUGUACUUGAGGGUUAAAAGACAACUUACAACACAAACACCAUAAUUUAUUAAGUUCAAUAAAUUUAUGGUGAACUUAAAUAGUUAUCAUAGUCCUGUGUGUGUGUGUGUGCGUGUUUAUCUACAUGUGCCAGUGUGUGGAGAUACUGUGUGUAUGGGAGCGGGUAGUUGUCAGGUUUGGUUUAUACACGGGUGUGGUUGUGUGCUCAUGAUUGUGUGAGAGUAUAUGCAUCAUAGCAUAUUUUUUUAUCCAUGAAAGGGCAUUGUCUCAUGAAUUGAAAAGACAGAGAUAUUUCUAUAAUGAACAUGACAUCAUAUAUACCAGACAGACUGAUAAGAAGUUGUGAGCCACUCUUCUUCACAUAAUGUACUGUAAAAGGAUUUACAAAGAAACUUAGUUUUUCUCAGUAGUCACUUUAAGAAGUUGAAGGAAUUUUUUACACCUGCUCAGAUUGCAGAGGAGCAAUUGUCCCAUGAAUGAAACACCUGCCAUCCAUUUCUUCUGUAUACCAAUAGUUGAUCCCUCCCAAGCUCUCUUUUACCCAUUCCAGUCCCUCUAUGUUGAGUUUCUUAUUUUAUUUGUCCUUCCCAAUAUUUGUAUGACCUCUCACUUAUACUUUUUGAUAGUGACUAAAAUCAGAACCACUUAACACUGGAUACGGUUGCUUACUUGGUUAAGACUGCACUUGUUAAUCUUACAUUGUUAUAUCAAGUUAUUGUUUCCAUUUCCCAUUGUCAUAAAUUUUGUCAGUCAAUUAUAUUCUAAUAUAAGCCCAACUAUAUCUUCUAAGUCCAUAAAGUAAUAAUUCAUAAUGCAAAAUAAGGUCAAGGAUCAUUCCCUAGAGGAUUCAAGAUUUCUCAUUUAAGAUUUGAAUUUAAUUUUCUUUUUCUAAAGUGACAUUAAAUAUUGUUCUGAGGAUUAAAAGAUAUUGCAGCUACAUCCCAAACACAGUCAAACUUUUGGUCUCAACAACAGAAUUAUAAAUUUUGUUCCUGUGCCUCAGAAUUAUUUUUUCUUUUAGUCAGUACAGUAUUGCGAAAAGUAUUAUUUUUCCAUCAUUAGUCUUCUACAGUACUUGCAUUUUAAACUUGUCUUUAUUCUAUUUCAUCAAACCUAUAAAUUAUUUUUCCAAGGGAAUUCUGUCAAAUUUAGGCAUUGUUAAGUUUAAAAUAAAAUUUGUUAUUUUAAAAAAAUAUUGAUAGAAUUUUUUUUUUUUUCUUCAGGGGAAAAUCAGUUUUGCUGAAAUUAUUUUUAUGGACCAAGAUAUAGGUAAUCCCAUCACAGUAUUUUCCACAAAGUAUGAUGCACUGACAGCAACUAGUCUCCCGCCAAGAAUCCUGUGUAACCCAUCAGUGUUUAGACAGUUUGUAUGUACCUGGGUAGAACAUAUUUAACCAAUGAUUUAUUUUAUUUAUUCAUUUUUUUAUGUAACAUACAAUUGCUUGUUUUUAGCCAUAUACUUUUGUUUCAUUGAUACAGCAAGUUCAGGUUAUUUUCAAUCCAUAAUCCUUUUUGUCAAGUGAACCUUUUGCAUGGCAUUUGAGAAUUCCUAUAUCUAGUGAUAUUUUUUUGUGACAGCACAAAUAGUAAUGGAGUAUAUUCCUCUCUAAUGUAACACUGGAAUUCUCUGGCAUGGAAAUGAACAUAUUUUUUGUGAGUAUGGCUAAUUCACACACCCCAUAUUUUAAUAUAAGCAGCACUUUUUUAUUUGAUGAGGAACCUGAGUGUUUUAUAAAUCCAAAUCUGGAUGCAUGAUCUUAAGAAGUGUGGUAACUCAGUGUAAGGACUGCAGUCCCUUCCCUUAGAGAUACGACCCUUUUCCUAGAACUUUGGACCUUAUGCCCUUACUCCAUAAAGACCUUAAUGUGGCACCCAGGAGGAGGUGGCAUUAUUGUGGCAGAAAUGGAAAAGGGUGGCCGAUGAUUACUAAACAUUUUGAAAAGAUACCCAGUGUGAACAAAGCACAAGUCAGUAAUCCUGAUAAUCAUAAAAUGUUAAAAGUGUUGAACCAGAAAAGAUAUUACAGUGUCCGGUGAGAUAAAUAUUAUUUACCAUAGAGGUAAAGUAUCACAGAAUAUAUAUACAGUAUAUAUAUAUAUAUAUAUAUAUAUAUAUAUAUAUAUAUAUAUAUAUAUAUGUGUGUGUGUGAGGGGAAAACCACUGUGAAAAGAAAAUAUGCAGAGCUGUUUGCAAGGAAAAGGAAAGACCAGUGACUGAAGGGCAAGUGCAUAAAAGUUGACAAAGGCCCAAUUUCUCAGUCACCACUUGAGAGACUAUUGACUGAGGGUCCACUUCUUUAACCUGAUUGAUAAACUAAAUGUCAGUUAGUUGGUUGAAUUGAUGACACUCACAUUACUUAUUCUCAAGCAGUGAUUGAGAAAUUGGCCCAAACUGUCAAAAAAAGUGCAAAUUUGUUGAUUAAAAGCUUUAUAUUUAAUGUUGAUUAUUGCCAUUAUUUUAGUGAACCUGUGAACCUGUAUACUGUUUUAUGGGUUUGGAAGGAGUGCUUCAUGUUAGUGUGAAGUGGACCUGAAGUUUAUUAUGUGGUAGAAAUACCUUCUCUGUUAUGUUGUUGAAAUGGACUUUUGCUGAUAAUUUUGUUCCUUUAUAUUAUUACUCUUGAUAUAGCCCAACUUUAUCAGGUAUACAAACUAUUAACAUUCUUUAUCAGUCCCGUUUGUUUCAUAUAUAGUGUUUAAAUGUCAUAAUAAGGAAUAACCCGUUGUGUUUUGAAUGCAUUUAGCCCACAGUGAAGUCAAUUUGAAUCUCGCUUAUGAGUGAAAUUUUGGGGUUAUCAUGGGAUUGAAGGUUAGAUUAAUGACUACUUGACUUGUGUAUUUUACUUCCAGUUUGGUUUCGGCCAUGUCUGCAGUACAGUACAAGAAAAUCUGAAACCAGUACAGCACAGCAGUUUCAAUUAAUGUCACAAAAUAUUAAGAAUACAAUAUAUAUAUAUAUAUAUAUAUAUAUAUAUAUAUAUAUAUAUAUAUAUAUAUAUAUAUAUAUAUAUAUAUAUAUAUAUAUAUAUAUAUAUAUAUAUAUAUAUAUAUAUAUAUAUAUAUACACACAUACAUACUGUAUAUAUAUAUUAUUAUUUUUUUAUGAUCCUGUAACAAUAAAAAGUUGGAAUUUGGGGUUUUAGUUGUUGCAGUUUUAAGUUGAAUUUAACUUAUUGGCAUAUUUAUUAUAUGUGUAAUGUACGUUGUUUAUUGAGAUUGUUGAAGGUCGUCCUUUUUAUAUGCAAUAACUUCUUUGUCUUUUAAUUUACGUGAACUUAACCAUUGGGAAAGUCAAGUAGGCAUUACUAGGGAAGAUGGUUGAGUUUGGGUACAGUGCACUGUUAGAGGUUCCAGUAUUCUCUUUAUGACAAAUAACCCAUUCUGAUCUAGUCCAAAAAUCUGUGAAGAUGAAUGGUAGAGCAUUGCAAGUUGUCCAUUAUUUGUGUUAAAAGACCAGAUAAUGAUCAAGAGAAAUAUGAUAAAAGUAUUUGAUACUAAAGCAGAUUACACGCAGUGCACUGAAUCUCGAUUGUCUCCCCAAUGUUUGUUGGAACAAAGGCAGACUGAGCUAAGAAAAGCCAGAGUUUCCAUGGUAAGUGUGGCCCUGUAUUAUGGAAUGCCUUAUUUGUAAUGUAGCCAGCAACUCAUGGGUCACUGACGGUUCAUCCUGUGGGUUAACCAAUGUGCUCAUGGACGUCAGCCCAGGUGGAUAAACUGUCAGAGAUUCAUGUUGAUCAAUAACAGUUAUGUAAAUUUAGAUUUUGAAUGAAAUGAUUUGAGUUGAUUUAGAAUUAUCUUAUUUCAAAUAUGCCUGUAAAUUAGGCCGGAAUUGCUGAUUUUCUAACAAAUAGGGCCCAACAUAAUGGGUUGUGAUUACCACAAAGCUCGGCUCAUUACACCGCCACAGUACAAAAGAGGUGGGCUGAGACAGGCAGAGUCUACCUCACAAUGUUUUGGGUCACUCAGUAUAAACUAUAGACAUGUUCUGGCAGCAUAUACGGUAAACAGAAAUUGUACCAAGCAAUCUUUUGAGUUGUACAAACUUUAUCUGUUCAAUUUGAAAAACAAUAUCCAACAGAAUGUCAAGAUAUGCCGAUGAGGUGAAGCCAUGGACUAUUUGAUUUGUAAGGUAUUAAAUGUUGUUGGCAAAUUUGAAAAAAAAAGGUAAACAGGUAUAAACAAAUAUAAUUAAGUAAUGUUUCUUUAGUGCCUAUUGUUAUCAUCCUCAAAAGAUGAUGAGGUAAAACAUUAUUGUGUGAAUAUCUUACAGAAAUUUAUUGAAAUCCAGUUUAGUGUUAAUUUUUACCCGGUGCAGUAACUCACUGUAUUACUAUUAGACUAUGCUUCCUACUUGUUGGCCAAAGACACACCAUUAGUAAAGAUAAGUUAACUAAAGUCCUCCAGUACAUUUACCUAUACAGUACUGUACUGGGAGUCACACAAUCAGCUAUGGGCAUGUUAGUACAGUUUAAUGUCUUCUUUUAUUAUCAUUUGUAUUGUGCAACAGGCAGUAAGGAAGUCACACACAAGCAAAAGUUUUAGUUGAAAGUUUUAUAAUAAAAAUUUGCUACUUUUGUAAGAAUAAUUGCAUAAAAAAAUUCAAUUUCAAAGGUUUAGAAAAAAAAAUUAAAGAGGUUAACAGUAUGCAGAUAACUAUUAUCAAUGAAAUAUUCUUGUCAAUUUUUUUUGUAGAUAAGACAAAAUUAAGAAAACUUAUCUGAUCAAGUAUCUGCCUAGCACUUGCAUCUAACAGUUUCUCUCAUUAAAACUUUAAGGUGUAUAGUACAGUCAUUGUCAUCACUGGUCCACACUUAUGGUAGAAAUAUAACCUAAACUCAAUUGACUUACAGUUCAGUAUAUACAAUUACUGUGCAGAGAAAAAUAAGUUUUAAUUAUAAUGUUAAUUUUGUGUGGGUAAAAUAUAGCUGAAAGAACCAAAAUUAAGAGAAAUUAUAUGCAAGGACUGAGUAAUAGAUACUAAACAAAUUAUUGAAUAACCAAAAUCACACUAUGAAACACAUUAAACUUAUAUUACUUAGAAGCCAUAAAUUCCAGCAUCUCGGUGAUCUAGAGAGAUUUGAAAUGUCUGAAGUUAAAUCAUUUUUAAAUUUGGAAAAGGUUUUCAUAAUUACUAUUAAAUGUAACUUAUUGAAAUUGGCUACAUUAUUUGUGUAACUAUUUCAUGAUUUCAAGGUUUUAACGUCCUUUAUGCUGUAUUAUGUAUUGUACUGUAUUCAGAAGUAACCAAUGUUUUACAUAUUUAUUGUAUUUCACUUGCUGUUACAAAGUUAAAUGGAAAAAGUGAUAAUAAAAUAGAGAAUAUUGCUAAAGAGUGAAGUGACUGGAGGAUUUACUUGUUUAUAUCACACAAAGGGGGUUGGAUACCUUACAAAUUAAAUGCCACUUCACUUCACCCUCCCCACAGUUGCCCAUUUGUAUCACCUUCCCUCUCCAGCAGAUCAAACACAGUGUCAUCACAGUCUUACGUAACUGCAUUUAAUACCCAGUAAUAAUUAUAAAAAAUCAUCAUUAUUUCAAACCAAAAUCCUAACCUAUUCCUUACCUCCCCAGUCUAACCUGCUGCAUUAGCAAGGAUUAGCAUGAAUAUACAGAUAGAGGCAUGCAAUACAGUGUCGCAGAGUGUUGCAGAUUAGCACGGUGAUGACAUACGAUGAGAUAUAUCAGUAUGUGGCAAGUUAGCAAAGAGAAUUAACUAUUUAUCGUGUUUCAAUAAAGUUUCUAUCUCAAGUGGUGUGAUAGGAAGGUAUUCUUUAUUGAAAUAGGAAAUAACCUCUUUGCUUGUUAUGCUGCAUUUUACUGUACACAUCCCAAUACAAUGAUGACCCCAUUUACUGGUGUCUGACCUGUCCUUACAACCUGUACAUAGGUAUAGAAUAAAAUUAUUACAUAGA